AUGGAAGAGAAGUCGAGGAAACCCGAAGACACGCCUUUUAAGCAGCAGAAGCUCAAGGCGUGGCAGCCGAUUCUUACGCCAAAUUGGGUCAUUGGCACCUUUGCUGUGGUGGGUCUCAUUUUCAUUCCCAUUGGGGUCGUGCUGCACUCCGAGUCGGACAAUGUCGUCGAAUACUCGAUCCAGUAUGACGGAGUCGACACGACCCCUUCCUCGAACGUUGUGGACAUUGGCAGUGGCUGCUACUUGAGCGAAGAGAGCCAGGGCGACAUGUUUGACAUACAAGAACAUGGCUGCCGGAUCAUUUUCACGAUUGCAAAAGAGAUGAAGGCGCCCGUGUACUUGUACUAUCAGCUUGACAACUUUUACCAGAACCACCGGCGCUACGUGCAAAGCCGCAGCGAUGCACAACUUCGGGGGGACGCGCGAGCUAGUACCAGCGACUGCUCGCCCCUGACGACCUCUGGAGUUGGUGUGGCCAAGUACAAUUCGACAGCAGUGACGCCCAUUGGCAACAAUGAGACGAACUACAGGCUCAUGCCCUGCGGAUUGAUCGCGAACAGUUUGUUUAACGACAUUUACUGGGUGAAUCGGCUGGAGGCGGGCGGUCGAACGUAUUACCAGAACGACACGUACCAGGGCAAGACGCUGGUGAACUUGGUGGAUCAGACAGGCAUUGCGUGGAAGUCGGAUGUCGAGACCAAGUUCAAGAAUAUCGAUUUGAAUGCUCUCGCGGAUCCAGACAACACCAUGAUGAUCUGGCAGAACCCACGCUACCGCUACAUCGUGCCUAUGUUUCAAGGUCAAGCACCUAUUGCCAACAAGACGGCGUGGACAACCAACGCACCUGCGUUCGGCGUUCAGGAUGAGCACUUUAUCGUCUGGAUGCGUACGGCCGGACUACCAAGCUUUCGUAAACUCUAUGGCCGCAUUGAUACCGAUCUACCGGCGGGCUCGGAACUCGAGUUCCUCGUUUCUAGCAACUUUGUGGUGAGCACGUUUGAAGGCAAGAAGUCAAUUGUCAUUUCGACAACGUCAUGGUUUGGUGGCCGAAACCCGUUCCUCGGCAUCGCGUACAUCAUCGUGGGUGUGCUCUGCAUGGUGCUGGCCAUUUUAUUCUUCGCCAAGCACAAGCUCAGUCCGCGUAAGCUGGGUGACACGCGGUACUUGGUGUGGAAGAACAAUCACUAA